AGGGAGCCCCGCCGCUGCCCAUGGUGCUGAGCCUGCUCCUCUCGGCCUACGAGCUGUGCCGCCUGGCCAUGCCGGAGCCGGCGGCGUCGGCGUCGGCGGGCGGCGCGGGCUGGUGGGCGGAGGGCCUGGGCGGCGCCGACCUCCCGCCCGGCCUGGGCUCGGCCAUCCAGGCGGCCCUAGAGCGGAGCCUGCCCGAGCUGCACCAGGCCGUCUCGGCCGCCAAGCAAGCGGCCGGGCCGGGGGACCUGCAGGCGCGGCUGGGCGCCAUCCGGGCGCUGGUGGAGGAGGCCUGGGGGCUGCCGGCCGUGGGCCGCCCGGUGGCCCAGGGGCUCUGCGACGCGCUGCGCCUGGAGGGCGGCCUCGACCUGCUCCUCGACCUCCUGCGCGGCGCGGAGCCCGAGAGCCGGCAGCGCGCGGCGGAGCUGCUGGAACAGGUGCUGGUGGCCGAGAACAGGAACCGCGUGGCCCGGAUCGGCCUGGGGGUGGUGCUGAGCCUGGCCAGGGAGCGGGAGAGCCUCCCGUUGGCCCGCAGCACCUCGGGCAUCCUGGAACACAUGUUCAAGCACUCGGAGGAGACCUGCUUCCAGCUGAUCGCCCACGGGGGCCUGGACGCCAUCCUCUUCUGGUGCCGCUGGAGCGACCCGCUGGUGCUUCGCCACUGCGCCGCCGCCUUGGCCAACUGCGCCAUGUACGGCGGGCAGGCCAACCAGCGGCGGAUGGUGGAGAAGAAGGCGGCCCAGUGGCUCUUCCCGCUGGCCUUCUCCAAGGAGGAUGACCUGGUCCAGUUCCAGGCCUGCCUGGCCAUUGCCGUGCUGGCCACCAACAAGGAGAUCGAGAAGGAGGUGGAGAACUCGGGCACGCUGGCCCUGGUGGAGCCCUUCAUCGCCACCCUCGACCCGGGGCGCUUCACCCACAGCUGGCUGGGCAGCAGCGACAACAGCCAGGGCCGGACGGCGGACGACCUGCAGUGCCUGGUGCCCCUGCUGGACAGCUCCCGCCUGGAGGCCCAGUGCAUCGCUGCCUUCUACCUCUGCGUGGAGGCCGCCAUUAAAGCCCGGCAGAAGAAGACCGAGAUCUUUGCCGAGAUCGGGGCCAUCCAGAGCCUGAAGAGGAUCGUCUGCUACUCGGCCAAUGGUACCACCUCCAUGCUGGCCAAGCGGGCGCUGUGCACCAUGGGCGAGGAAGUGCCCCGGAGGCUCCUGCCCACGGUGCCCAACUGGAAGACCCCCGAGGUGCAGAAGUGGCUGCAGCAGAUUGGCUUCGUCAAGUACUGUGCCCGCUUCCUGGAGCGCCAGGUGGACGGAGACUUGCUCCUGAGGCUCUCGGAGGAAGACCUGCUGUCCGACCUGGCCAUGAGCUCCAGCAUCACCCGGAAGCGGUUCUUUCGGGAGCUGACGGAGCUGAAGACCUACGCCAACUACUCCACCUGCGACCGCAGCAACCUGGCUGACUGGCUGGCCAGCGUCGACCCCAAAUUCCGCCAGUACACCUACAACCUGGUCACCUGCGGCAUUGACCGGAACUUCCUCCACCGCGUCACGGAGCAGCAGCUGCAGGACGACUGCCACAUCAGCCUGGGUUUCCACCGCGUCCGAAUCCUCUCUGCUGCCCGGGAGAUGCUCCACUCGCCUCUGCCCUGCAACAGCCGGAAGUCUGCCUUGGAGGGCACGGACGUCUUCAUCAGCUACCGGCGGCGUACGGGGUCUCAGCUGGCCAG